GACCUCACACACACAGACACAGACAGACACAACACGUGUGAGUGAAUGAAUGAGAGAGAGAGAGAGAGAGAGAGAGAGAGAGAGAGAGAGAGAGAGAGAGACGCAUUGCUAAACGGGCCACUGAUGAAACGCUGUAAAAGCUUUUGACCGAGAACGCUUGUCAGUAUGGUGUGUAUAAGAGCAUCGGUGAGGAUCACCAGAGGUCUGCGCAGACAUUUCGCCGUACCGUGCUUUCAACACACCUUCGUAUCCCUGCGGCAAAGCCUCGUCUCCCGUUCCGGCUACUGCAGUACCACAGCGUCCCACAGCUACGUGAUCGUCGGGGCCGGUUCUGCAGGCUGCGUGCUGGCCAACCGUCUGUCAGAGAAUGCAUCUGAUUCGGUGCUGCUCCUGGAGGCGGGACCCAAAGACAUGCAGCUGGGCAGUACCCGGCUGUCGUGGAAGAUUCACAUGCCCGCCGCGCUGACCUACAAUCUCUGCGAUGACAAAUACAACUGGUUUUACCACACACUACCUCAGGCGCACAUGGACGACAGGGUUAUGUAUUGGCCCCGUGGGCGCAUUUGGGGCGGGUCAUCCUCGCUCAAUGCCAUGGUGUACAUACGCGGACAUGCGGAGGACUACAACCGCUGGCAGAGGGAGGGCGCACAGGGUUGGGACUACGAACACUGUCUUCCCUACUUCCGCAAGGCCCAAACACACGAGCUUGGAGCGGACCGUUACCGAGGGGGUGAUGGCCCGCUGUGGGUUACGCGUGGAAAGACGGAUCACGCACUGCACCACGCAUUUAUUGCAGCAGGCCAGCAGGCGGGAUACCCCUUCACCAAAGACAUGAACGGAUACCAGCAGGAAGGAGUCGGCUGGAUGGAUAUGACCAUCUACAAAGGUAAGAGAUGGAGUACAGCCAGUGCUUACCUUCGCCCCGCGCUGUCCAGACCCAACCUGAGCGCAGAGGUCGGCUGUAUGGUGACCCGAAUCCUGUUUGAUGGGACCCGGGCGCGAGGGGUGGAAUUUGUGCAGAACGGUCAAAUAAAAAGGGUUUAUGCUGAUAAAGAAGUCAUUCUCUGUGGUGGAGCGAUAAACUCUCCACAGCUCCUCCUGCUGUCUGGUGUGGGAAACGCAGAUGAGCUGCGCAGAUUGGAUAUUCCUGUUACUCAACACCUCCCAGGUGUGGGCUGUAAUCUUCAAGAUCAUCUGGAGUUAUACAUACAGCAUCAAUGUACUCAACCCAUAACGCUUUAUAAAGUCCAGAAACCCUUUAACAUGCUGAAGACUGGACUGGAAUGGCUUCUCACAUUCACAGGUUACGGUGCUACAGCUCAUCUGGAGAGCGGUGGUUUCAUUCGCAGUCGUCCUGGCGUUCCUCAUCCUGAUAUUCAGUUUCAUUUCCUGCCUUCUCAGGUCAUCGAUCACGGCCGCGUCAAAUCCAAGAUCGAGGCCUUCCAGGUUCAUGUUGGGCCUAUGAGGAGCACAAGUGUUGGGUGGAUCAAACUGAAGAGUAAAGACCCAAAUGACCAUCCAGUCAUCCAACCAAACUACCUCUCCACUGACACAGAUGUGAAAGAGUUCAGAGAUUGCGUUAAGCUCACGCGGGAGAUAUUUGGUCAGAAAGCGUUCGACCCGUUCCGUGGCCCUGAGGUUCUGCCCGGCGCCGCCGUCCAGUCUGAUGCCGAGAUUGACGCUUUUGUUCGACAGAAGGCAGACAGCGCCUACCACCCAUCCUGCACGUGUAAGAUGGGCAGCGCCUCGGACCGCACGGCAGUGGUGGAUCCGGAGCUGCGCGUGUACGGUGUAGAGGGUCUGAGGGUGGUGGACGCCUCCGUCAUGCCCAGUAUGGUGAGCGGCAACUUAAACGCCCCCACUAUAAUGGUGGCGGAGAAAGCGGCAGAUACCAUUAAAGGACUUCCGUCACUUCAUGACCCAGGAGUUCCUGUUUACCAUCCUGCCAAUCUGGAAACACAGAGAUAAAAGAUCUGCAACAAUGAAUGGACUGGACCAUUUUAAUACUAAAACGACUACUGCAAGGUCACGUGAUUUGAGAGGUCACUAAACACUAAAUGAUUUUAACGCGUUCACUUCUCAUUGACACUGUGUAGUUACUGCUUACAUUAAGAAAUAUAAAAAGAAUGAAAGAUUUGCCUUUUUAUGAUGAAUGUGGUUCAUGACAGCAUUGUUUAAUGACAGAAUGUUGAAAAAGUUACUAAUAAAUGAGCACAGUAGCGAAUAAAAAACUACAUAGAGAUGAAUUUGUAGCAUAUAGUUUCUCCACUGUGCUUCAUUGAUCAUGUCGACAUGUUUACAAUAAUGUAGAUUUAUACCACAGGUCUGCUGAAUGCUUUAUUCUGAUUGGUUGAGAAAUGUUCAAUGGGUGUUGAUUAUUUUUCUUUAUUACACGGCUCUCUGGAAUGCUUGAUUCUGAUUGGUCAGUUGAGACAUUUGCAGGUUCGUUCUUUUCGAAUAAUAACCGCUCCAAAAUAAUAACGCAUAGCCGGUACUACUUUUACGAGUAAGAUCGCUCCGCGCCAAUAAAGAUCAAUAAAGAUUACUGUCUGUUUGGCGCCAUCUUGUGACAAACACUGGACAACCACGACAAGACACAGAGAGCUUACUGAGACUGAACUUGACAAAAUAGAGCAUGACAGCUACGAAGCCAACACACAAAAAAAUACAGAAUGGGCAUUAAAACUUCUCAAAGACUGGCUAAAAGAGAAAAAAUGGAGACAAGUAUGAAGCAGAGGAUCUUAAUAAGGUAUACGAUCAUUUUAUGCAUCUGUGCAAAGUUUCGCGGAAGGAUAAAAAUGUUAAUUUAAAACAAAUAUGCCAAUAAAAUGUUUCAAAUUCAUAUUCAUGUCCAGUUUUUUUUUCUUAUGUGACAAGUAGCCGUGUAAUAAGCGGGAUAAUGUAGAGUCAGCCGGUAGUUAUCGGGAAAUAAGCCCCUUCAGUGUGAUACAAGACCCUCCGCUUCGCGUCGGGUCCUGAUCACACUGUCGGGGCUUAUUUCCCGAUAACUACCGGCUGCCUCUACAUUAUCCCUUACGUAAAACGCACACCUAACCUGUCAAAUGUCUUACAAUAAUCACCGGAGCAAUGUUUGUGUUAACCAUGGUAUAAUUGACUCCGAUCCUUUGAAUUAUUUGAGAAUAUUGCACACCCGUGGUGUAACUCCACUUCACGUCGUGCUGCAUUACUACCUUGGGUGUGCAUUAUUUUUGAAUAAUUCCAAUUAUUUCUUAUGUAAUUGAUGUUAUUUAUAAUAAUUAUUAAUCAUGACUGUUUACAGAGAGAAUAUUAGAUGAGUAAUGUUAGAUUAGUCAUGCUUGUGCAAUUUUAAAAGUUUAUUACAUUGAUUCAAGGUUAAGAAGUCCUUUUUAUUUCAAAUUCACACUACUUGUAUAUUAACAGAAUGCACAUAAAACCAAACUGUUGUAGUGAAUAAAAUGAGAUGAAUUUAA